GGCCCCGCUCCCACCACUGAGAUGGUUUCCAGACGCAGGAUCCGCCGCUCGCAGGACAACAUCCACCUCGACAACUACCAGGAGGAGGAGGAGGAUGUCUACCACACGAAGGAGCGUCUUCUUAAGGAGCACAUCCAGGAAGUGCUGAUGAAGUGGGAACAAAUCGACGACGAGAUCUGGUCCAAGGUGAUCGUCCUGGAGCGCAACCGCCGCGUCGCGAAGGCCUACGCCCGCGCGCCCGUGCUCACCGUCAACGGCUCCACGACUCGACGACGGUUCGACGGAUUCAGGAUUGGACUUUGUGGCUUCGAGAAUCCUAUGAGAGACCCAAGGACAGAUGAGAUCAAGAGACACAUUGGCCAUGGCGUCAAGGUCAAGAUGGACGACCACGGCAACAUCCUCAUCAAACGCGUGUCGAAGGCCAACGUCUACGUGAAGAUGGCGAGCGACGACAACGCCAUCGGCAGCGACAUCCUGAGGCUCCCCAACCUCGGCCUGGAGAACGAGAAGCCCGUUAUGCUCUUCGACAUGAACAAAUUCAUCCAGAACGUGAAACGCGAGAUGGGGCGCCAGUACCCCGACCGCUCGAAGCUGGAGACCCAGUGUGUGUGCCUGAUCGCCUUCGUCAAGAAUGAGCAGGACAUCUUGGACUGUCCCAUCUGGGUCAUGAUCAUCAACAUCGUCGCCAUGGACAUGCUCAAGUCCAAGCUGCCUCCGGUGAGGGUCAUGCCAAAUAUCAGGAACCGCCCGCGCAUUCCCAUCCCAGACGAAGAUCCCUACAGCGUGGCAGGAGGAUCCGGUGCCUCCUCAGGAUCCUCAGGCAAGGACCGAGCUGGCAAGGACAAACCUCCAAAGUUACCCCCAAGGGACUCCAAUCACCCUGUCCCUGGAUCCCGACCCAACGGCAAGUCCGAGGCCCUGGAUGAAAACACCUUCCGCAAGCUGCAGUCUCGCAACAACAACAACAGAUCCCAAGACCGCAAGUAUGAUGACCCAUACUACUGCGGUUUUAAAGCCCGCAUCCCCAACUUUGCCAAGCCGAAGUCGAAGGAUAAGCAGGAUGUGGUUCGUGCCCAGUACCCACCCCCCGUUCCUGCCCACCCCAUGUGGCACACUCGGAGCUUCGAUUCGGGCAUGG